AUGGUGUGGGCGUGGCAACAGUGGCUCUCGCCGCGACCGCAGAAGCGCACCAAGAACACUUCCCAAGUGGCCUUUUACACCUCUGAGAAUGCAGCGUUGUAUGAGCCACUAUCGAAGCCUGACGGUAAUUGGUACGUCAGAGAGACUCAUUUCAGAGAGAACCCAAAUGUUAGAGCUGGACUUACUGGGCCACCACUACAUUUACAUCUUCAACAAGACGAAUACUUCAAAGUCGAGCAGGGUGUACUGGGUGCAGUAAAGGACGGUGUAGAAGUCGCAAUUACCAAGAAUGAUCCAGUCCUCCACAUACCGCGCGGCACUCGCCAUCGAUUCUGGCCGCAUCCGUCCUCUACAGAAGAUCUCGUCUUUACUGCCUGGGCAGAUCCAUGCAAGGAUCAUGACCACAUACUUGAUCUGAACUUCCUGCGCAACCUUGCGGGUUACCUCGCCGAUUGCGAUUCCGAGGGCCUCCAGCCCUCACCUUUCCAGCUCAUUUUGUUUUUCCACGAAGCAUCAUCAAUCUUGUGCCCGCCGUUCCUGAACUGGAUGCCUCUUUGGCUGCUCAUUUGGGUACACAAUGGGCUUGCCUGGAUUGCACGGGAAUUCUUAGGGCCCGAGCAAGCUAACCCUUUGUGA